CCCGAGGUCGGAUGGCCUGGGUGUGGGAGGCCAGGGCUAUCUUUUAACAUGUAGGAGAUAGAGGGCCCCACCCCCUUCUCCAGUGCCACACUUAGACAGCUGAUGGGGGAGCCUGAGCCCUGGAAGCAAUGCCCCAAAGGGUACAGAGAGUGUGGAACUGGUGUGGGAGAUGGCAGGAAGGAGCUCGUCCCUCAGGUCCCAGGGGCAUGUUCCAGGGUAGCCAUGUGGUGGGCAUCUGGGCCUAGGAUGGGAGCUGACCUGGAGAGCCUCAUUCUUCUUCGUCCCCCCUGAAUGCUGCCUGGAGGUGGAAGGGGUGGGACACCUCAGCUUUUCUGAGUCAGGGUAUCCAGGCAGCUCAGCCAGAUGGCUUCAGUUGGGAAAACGGGUGUGGAGAGGGUGAGAGCCCUGUGUGGUAAUGGGACAAGCUGGUUGGCUUCAGACCUUCUUCUAAGAGUCCGAUUGGAUUCCUAUGAUUGGUACCCUGUUGAGGGAGAAGUCCCUGUACCCCAGGCCCAGUGGGGUACCCUGUGGCAGGACUGUGCAGAUGCUUGGGUGAAGAACCAGACUCUCACAACUGUUGUGGGAAGGGGUCCUGCCCUUCGGCACAUACAUUUCGCGGAGCCUCUGCCACUCCAAGGGUAAUGUCCCUACCACACAUCCUGAGAGUUAUGGGGUCCCUUCUUGAUUAUGCCCAGCAACCAUCCCUUGACUUGGCACCAGCCCUGCCAGCUCAUGCCCUGCACAUGUGGUCAGCAUUGGCUAGCGGGAGUAGACUCCUGAAUAGGGACCAGAGAGGAAGCUCUGUGUUUGCAAGUCUUCCUUCCAGAAGGGAGGCCUCCUUCUGUGGCAGAGCCAGAGGAAGGAAGAGCCCUCUAGACAGGGCUGCCCAGACAGGCAGCUGCAGGCUAGUGGGAGGGUCUGGGGCUCCUUCAGGCCCAGCUGACUUCACUGUGCACCCUUUUAGCAUUGCAGGCAGCCUUCCUUGCCUCUGCCUCCUCUCAGAAUGCUAAUUGUGGCUGGAAGCCAGGCCUCCUGGCUCCUCCCUUCCCCUGGGAUGGAGACACACCCCAUGGUUUCCUCAAGGCAGUCUGCUGGAGGUGGCCUCUGUUGGGGUGGAGUGUGGAAAAGAGACUAGCCUGGGGCUGAGUGCAGACAACACGUGGCACGGGAGCCACGUACAUAUUUGGUGUGGCCUGCAGGGCUGUCACAGCCCAGAGUGUCGUAGAGUAGGAUCAGAAUGUUUCUCAGAUCUGGAUGGACUUCCAGUCGUGGGGAUCUGCUCCUGGUCCCAGGCCACUGUUUUGCAGUGGUGGGUUUCAUUGGACAGCUUUACUGUCUGGGACCUGAUGGGACCAUUCUGUGAAGGUCUGUGUGUAUACAGUUGUCCCGCUCCAGUGGACCGCGAACUGGGCGAAGGCAACCUGCCUCUUUAAGGACAGAUACAGUUCUUAGAGACAGGUGACACCAGCCUCUUUGCCCUAUUCUUUUGGGAGAAGGGGUGUCCCUGACCCCCACAACCUGUGCCUGCCGGUCCUUGACUGCCCCCACCUUUUACACUGGCAGUAUUUAGUAGAUGAAGCUGGUGGUAUCGGGAGGAAAAAGGAGGGAGAUUGGACCCAGGCCUGACUGACGAGCACCGGGCUCCUCUACCUGCCACAGCUCCAGGACGGACAGGUGCUUCCCACUGACCAGGCCGUCACUAUUCUGGCUGUGUAGGCUAGACCUGGAGAAGAAUGGCUGAGCCUAGGGCCAGCCUGUUCGCUGCCUGUCUGUGGGGACAGUGUCUGCCGUGGAGACCGAUGGGAUAAGGAGUAAAAACUCCAUUCUGGACAUUAAAGCUCAGAACGGCAGCUGUUCUUUGCUGUCACUGUAUUUUGGGGGCCUGCCAGGUCUCUGCUGACCCUGGACCACUCAGGGCUUUCCCCAGAGAUGUCCUGGGCACCAGCCUGUUAACCAGCCCCUGUCCCCCGCACCUCUGUGCCCCUCCCCGGCUCCAGGUGUUAUUAGCACUAAUGUCGUAUCAUCAGAAGUGCUUCCUGAAAGGCCUUUAAUAUUGCCACAGAAAAGAAGUUAGAUCACAUUCGGUGUCUGACAUUAAUGUGCUACUUAAGAUAAUUCAUCAUACCGUGGUAUUAAAAAAGACAUCUCUCUGGUGUUGGGUGCUGAGCGGCGCCCCUCCCCCUCCUCGGAUUGGUCCACCUCUGGGGAGCUGGAAGCCCUGCUUUUAUGUAAAAUAUGCUUCCCCUCCCCCCAGCUCCAGCGGCUUUGUGAUAUCUGCACAUUUGGGGGGUGAGGAUGCUCUUGUCUCCUGAGAGACCCUGUCAUUUCCCUGAGGUAAUGACAGGUUCUUUACAGCAGACAAUGGACGGGGGGCAGUGGGGGGCAGGCUGGACGAGGUGCCCUGCUCAAUCCCCUCCCUGCCUGGAGACUCGGUAUUAGUAUCUGCUCAAGAGGCCUCAGGAGACAUCAGAGCCGAAUCGUAGCUUCUCCAGGCCUCUCCUCCCCACUAGGCACUCUCUCAUAUCUCCAGAACCCAUUUGGUUCCUGAAGUGGUGAGGAGUUCACACUGGAAAAAAAAAUUGCCAAAAAUUACCUGGAAGUGCACAUUUUCGUCUGCAUUGCAGCAGCGUUUGGAAAUGAAAUCGUUUUGUUCCUGUCACCGGGGAAUAAAAGAAUCGAUUCUCGCCUGAUGGAGCCCAGGUAAAGGUUAUGCUGCGCAUCUGGCCGGCACAAGGAGUCCAGCGCUCAGCUGAGUCUACAUCCUACCUGAAGGUAGACCCUCGGAAGAAGCAGGUGACGCUCUAUGACCCUGCCGCCGGGCCCCCAGGCUGUGCAGGCCUCCGCCACGCCCCCACAGCACCAGUCCCCAAGAUGUUUGCUUUUGAUGCCAUCUUCCCCCAGGACUCAGAGCAGGCUGAGGUCUGCUCAGGGACCGUGGCUGACGUGCUCCAGUCUGUGGUUGGUGGAGCUGAUGGCUGCAUAUUUUCCUUCGGCCACAUGAGCCUUGGGAAGUCAUAUACCAUGAUUGGAAAGGACAGCUCACCCCAGAGUCUGGGCAUCGUGCCCUGUGCUAUCUCCUGGCUCUUCAGGCUCAUUGAUGAGCGCAAGGAAAGGAUGGGCACACGCUUCUCCAUCCGUGUGUCUGCUGUGGAAGUGUGUGGCCAUGAACAGAGUCUGCGGGAUCUGCUUGCUGAGGUGGCUUCCGGUAGCCUGCAGGACACCCAGUCUCCAGGCAUGUAUCUGCGGGAAGACCCCGUGUGUGGGACACAGCUCCAGAACCAGAAUGAGCUGCGGGCACCCACAGCAGAGAAAGCAGCCUUCUACCUGGAUGCGGCCUUGGCAGCCCGCAGCACUAGUCAUGCCGGCUGCGGGGAGGACACCCGGCGCAGCUCCCACAUGCUCUUCACGCUGCACGUGUACCAGUAUCGUGUGGAGAAGUGUGGCCAAGGAGGAAUGUCUGGAGGUCGCAGCCGCCUGCAUCUCAUCGACCUGGGCAGCUGUGAGACAGCACUCAGCAGAGGCGGGGAGGCUUCUGGAGGACCCCUGUGUCUGUCGCUGUCCGCUCUGGGCAGUGUCAUCCUGGCCCUGGUCAAUGGGGCCAAGCAUGUGCCCUACAGGGACCACAGACUCACCAUGCUGCUGCGGGAAUCCCUGGCUACUACCAACUGCCGGACCACUAUGAUAGCACACAUCUCCGACUCACCAGCCCACCACGCAGAGACCCUCAGCACUGUGCAGCUGGCUGCCCGCAUCCACCGCCUGCGCAGAAAGAAGGGCAAGUAUGCAUCCAGCUCCUCGGGAGGGGAGAGCUCCUGCGAAGAGGGCCGGGCCCGCCGUCCCCCACACCUGCGACCCUUCCACCCACGCACCAUGGUCCUGGACGCUGACCGCUCGGCUCCUGGCCUGUCUGGAGACCCCGACUACUCAUCCAGCAGCGAGCAGUCCUGUGACACAGUCAUCUAUGUGGGUCCUGGCGGGGCAGCGCUGUCAGACCGCGAGCUCACCGACAAUGAGGGCCCACCUGACUUUGUGCCCAUCAUCCCUGCGCUGAGCCGCCACAGGCCCUCCGAGGGACCCCGGGAUGCCGACCACUUCCGCUGCAGUACAUUUGCGGAGCUGCAGGAGCGUCUUGAGUGCAUAGAUGGCAGUGAGGGAUUCCCUGGUCUCCAGGGUGGCUCCGACGCAGCCCAAGCCAGCCCCGCCAGAGGAGGCAGGAAACCCUCGCUACCAGAGGCCACGUCCCCCAGGAAGGCUAUGGGCCCUUCUAUGGUCACCAGUUCCCCUCGAAGCAGCCCUGGGCAAGAUACUCACCGGAGCACCUCAGAGCCCUCUAAAACUGGUACCCAGAGUGAUCAGAGAGUAGAUGGUACCCGGCCUGAGCCACCCGCCCCAGACAAGACUGCAGGGGGUGGCUGCAGGAGGCCACUGCCCAGUCCAGCUCCUCCACCGCCUCGGCAACCAGAAGCUCGCGGUGUCCCCACCGAACCUGGGGGAGAAGGCCCUGAUGGUGUGAUGCGGACACCCCCCGUGGGCAUGAGUGGGCAGAUGGCCUUGUCCCCACUGCUCUCGGACACGCCUUAUCCUGGUCCAUCUGCUCGUGGACGCCAUCUGGAGCGGGGCUUGCUGACCACCACAGUUACCCUGCAGCAGCCAGUGGAGCUGAAUGGCGAAGAUGAGCUGGUGUUCACAGUGGUAGAGGAGCUACCUCUGGGGGGGCUUGCAGGGGCCACACGGCCUUCCAGUCUGGCCAGUUUGGGCAGUGACUGUUCUCUGCAGGCCUUGGCCUCAGGCUCAAGGCCAGUCAGCAUCAUCAGCAGCAUCAAUGAUGAGUUUGACGCUUAUACCUCACAGGUUACUGAGGGCCCAGGAGACCCUGGGGAGCUCAUAGAGGGAACGGCAUGGCCUGGUGGCAGUCCCGCCUCGUCCAUUGGCUCCUGGCUCAGUGAUGUUGGUGUCUGCUUGGCUGAAAGCCGUGGUUCCACACCACAGCCUCCCUUCAGCCCUGACUCUGCAGCAGGGCCUGGUCCACCAGAGUUUCCUACCCCAAGCGGCUCCCUAGAGGACAGCAAGAUGAGGUCCUCAGAGUGUGGAAGACCAGACAAUCUUGGCUCAGCCUGGUGUCCCCACCCUGUGGAGGCAGUCACAGCAACUCAGACCCGACCCAGCAGAGAGCCUCGGGCUGGGUCUCCACAUGAGGCAGCCUCAACCCAAACCAUCCACUCCAGUCUUCCCCGGAAACCCAGGACUACCUCAUCCAACCGUGUUCGCCCCAGCCGGGGUCCAUACAGCCCCGGAGGCCUGUUUGAGGACCCUUGGUUUCUCCGGGCAGAGGACUGUGACACACACCAGAUGGCUUCCACAGGCAGCAUCCCAAGCUCAACCCCAGGCUCCCCUCGACUGCCUGAGGCUCAGAUAAUGCUGGCUUGUGCCCAGAGAGUAGUGGACGGGUCUGAGGUGACAACCAGAAUGUCCCGGAGGCAGGAAGCUGUGGCUCGGAUCCCACCUCUGCGGAGAGGAGCCACCACGCUGGGAGUGACCACACCUGCUGCAUCCUGUGGGGACUCUCCAGUGGAGACAGUGGUCCACUCAGGAAGCCUGAAGACCAGCUCCAGCAGUAAGAAGAGUGUGUCUCCCAAGGGGGCCUUCUUUCCAAGGCCUAGUGGAGCAGGUCCGCCAGCCCCACCUGUGCGCAAGUCCAGUCUGGAACAGAGCACGGCCCUGACCCCUACCCAGGCCCUGGGGCUGACCCGGGCAGGGGCUGCUUCUGCCUUCCGAGGGGAGGACGAGGCCAGGCCCAGUGGCCGGUCUGAUUACUCUGUUCCCAAGGCCACAUCCAGCCUGAAAGCCCGAGCUGGCAAGAUGGAGGUGGCACACCGUCCCACUGGCCACAUGUCCUUGGAGCGGUACGAGGGCCCGACUCAUGGUGGCAGCAAGGUCAGAGAAGUCCCAGGACGGCCACCGAGGGCUGUGCCCAGGUUGGGUGUACCACCCGCCAGCCCCCCACUUGGACCAGCUCCUGCCUGUAGGAGCAGCCCAGCUAAGGGUGUUGGAGCAUCCAAGCCUCCAGCUGGUGGGGCCAAGGGUCGUAAUCUAGGGACUAGUACAUCUCGGGCACUGGGUGCUCCAGUGAAGCCACUGGCCCCUGUGGCAGGUAAGACAAGUGGCCCUGUGCCAGGGCCCCGGACGGCUCCACGGCCUGCACCUGGUAUUGGGACCAAGACCGGUAGGGGCACCAUCAUGGGCACUAAACAGGCCUUCCGGGCUGCCCAUAGCCGUGUCCAUGAGUUGGCAGCCAGCGGAUCUCCCGGUCGGGGUGGCCUCUCCUGGGGCUCGACCGACUCAGACAGCGGCAAUGACAGCGGCGUGAACCUGGCUGAGGAGCGGCAGCCCGUGAGCCCGGCCCUGCCCUCCCCCUACAGCAAGGUGACUGCACCUAGGAGGCCCCAGCGCUACAGCAGUGGCCACGGCAGUGACAACAGCAGCGUGCUGAGUGGGGAGCUCCCCCCUGCUAUGGGCCGCACUGCGCUCUUCUACCACAGCGGUGGCAGCAGUGGCUAUGAGAGCAUGAUCCGCGACAGCGAGGCCACCGGCAGUGCCUCCUCAGCCCCUGACUCGAUGAGUGAGAGUGGAACCGCCUCCCCGGGUGCCCGCUCCCGCAGCCUCAAGUCCCCAAAGAAGAGGGCCACAGGUCUACAGCGACGGAGGCUGAUCCCGGCCCCUCUACCCGAUGCUGCUGCCUUAGGCCGCAAGCCCAGCCUUCCUGGGCAGUGGGUGGACCUGCCCCCACCCCUGGCUGGCUCUCUGAAGGAGCCUUUCGAGAUCAAGGUGUAUGAGAUAGAUGACGUGGAGCGCCUGCAGCGGCACCGUCUGCCUCCAAGGGAGGACGAAGCCAAGCCCUCUCAGGAUGUGGAGAAGGGCCCAGUUUGCAUCAGCUCCAAACUGCGGCUUGCAGAGCGCAGGCAGCAGCGGCUGCAGGAAGUGCAGGCCAAACGUGACCACCUCUGUGAGGAGCUGGCUGAGACCCAAGGCCGGCUGAUGGUAGAGCCUGGACGCUGGCUGGAGCAGUUCGAGGUGGACCCAGAGCUGGAGCCGGAAUCAGCUGAGUAUCUGGUGGCCCUGGAGCAAGCCACAGCUGCGCUGGAGCAGUGUGUUAACCUGUGCAAGGCCCACGUCAUGAUGGUCACCUGCUUUGACAUUGGUGUUGCUGCCACCACUGCUGUCCCUGGGCCGCAAGAGGUGGAUGUUUGAGGCGAGCACAGGUCACAGGCAGGGACAUGCAGGGCAGGGUGUGCGAGCAUAGAAUGUGGGAUGGAAUGAGGAUGUGGAGGGGGUUGGAGGGUUGAAGACA